AUGAAGAUAUCGUUGACAUCCAAUCGCUGUAAUCCUGACUUAUCUUAUAACCAAACGCUUCAGAAUCAGUUCCAGAGACCGGUUACGAUCCGAAAUGACUUCAAUACCGCAACUUUCCUAUCGUUGAUGUGUCUGUCGGGCAAUCAGUGCUAUGAGAUUCACCAGCAAUGCGACGGAACCAAAGACUGUGCCGACGGAAGCGAUGAAAUGCAUUGCGAAAUAGUGGACACAAACAGCACAAUAAUUUCCGAUUUUAUAAUUUACCGAAAGAAUCGAAACAAUUAUUUUUAUUUAGCGAAUGGCGACAACUUUGCCUGGACUGACACAUUCACCAGUUAUAAUCCGGAUAAUUAUGUGGGCCUAACAGUGCCUCAACGGCCAGUCAACUGGCGUUUCAACGCUAUAGGUGUCGGAGAGAGCACCGGCUUCUCUAUAAUGGAUGAAUUUGUUUACUGGAAUAGUGUCCGUCCCUUCUUCAUCACAGUGGAGGCCCCGUCUGUUGUGGUCUUAGGGGAACAGUUGGGUAUAAGAGUGGCCGCAUUCAACUAUCAGCCCUAUGAGAUCAGAGCGGACAUCAUAUUAGAAGAAUCACUGGAUUAUCGUUUCGUUGAAGUGGGACCUAUGGGUCGGGUGUCCUCUUAUUCGCCCAAAACAUCGGGUGGUGUUCAUCAACACCUCAUUUAUAUCAAACCUCAUUCAUCAUUCUUAGUGCCCAUACCUGUUGUGCCAACCACUAGAGGAAAGAUCAAGAUUAUCAUCACUGGUCGCACACAAGUGGCUAAAGAUCAAAAAGUGAUAGAAGUGGAAGUGUUGGCCGACGGCGCACAGGUAUCUCUGCACACAUCCAUGCUUUUGGAUCUGAGAGCGCAGUCGUAUAUUAUUAAAUACUUGGACAUGAAUGUGACCGAAGAUCCCAUUAUUCCAUACCAAGACAUCUACCGUCGCUAUAUGUUUGGUUCGCCAAAAGCGUGGGUAACAGUGAUCGGGGAUGUGGUGGGAGUGCCCGCCAAACUCAACCCCAGAAUUGAUUUCACAAACUUAGGCAUUAAAUAUACGGCAAAGUCCGGAGAGUUGAGACUUUUUGACUUCGCGUACCGACUCUAUACACUCAUAUACCUAAGACUGACCAAUCAGUUGGAGGACAGCGACAAACAGGAACUGUCCAAACAAAUACUCGAAGAAUUGAAUCGCGAUUACGUCCACCAAAUGACUUUCUAUAAGGACGGGUCGUUCGUAAUGUUUGACAUGAGUUAUACGCAAAGCUCGGUUUGGCUGACGGCAUACGCGGCCAGAGUCUACUUUGACGCCCAGUUCGACGAUUGGCAUAAUUUCAUUUACAUCGACCCAAAUGUUAUUUACAAUUCAAUUGAAUACAUCCUCAAGCGUCAGAUUAUAGACGUCCGGAGCUAUGAUGAGGGCUCCUUCUAUGAAGACAUGACAUUCAGGAACUGGUCGUCGCCCCGUCUGACGCCCGUCGCUCUCACGGCCCACGUGUUGAUAACGUUAGUCAAAGUGACAGAUUUGGGUGUUUACGGCGAUUUAGGCGUCAAAAUAUCCAACGCCAAGAAAUCGGCGGUUAAUUUCUUGGAGAGACGCCUCCAAACCAUUACAUCUCCCUAUGAGAUAGCGAUCGCAACCUAUGCUCUGAUGAGCGCCGGCAGUCCGGACGCGAAGUUUGGUUUUAAUCAAUUGGAGUCAAUGAAGAGAUCUACCGAAGGAAUGAUCUAUUGGUCUGCCGUCGAGAUAAAACCUCCGGGUCUCAUAUACCAGAGUCAGAGACCAUUUAUUCAGCCCCGGAAUCCGCAGUCUUACGAAUCGCUUGCAGUUGAGGGAACCGCUUAUGCGUUAAUGAUUUACACGGGUUUUGGUGGUAUAAUUCAGGAUCAAAUCGUCAAAUGGUUGACUUAUAUGAGACAAUACGACGAGGGAUUUGUUACAACAUUUGACACUAUAGUUGCGGUUCAGGCGCUCACAGACUUUUCGUUCCGAACUCACGUCCGAUCCAUAACUAAUAUGAGACUCGAAGUGGAGGCCUCUUCUAAUCCAGAGAUCACCACAACUAUAGGCAUAUCGCAGAACAAUCUGACAAAUCAGCAAAUCAUAAACAUUGAGCCAAACGUAUGGGGAUUCGUGUCGGUGACGGCCAAAGGCGCGGGUCUGGCCAUCGUUCAGUUGACCACUCAAUACAAUGUCGACCAAGAAUUCCAAUUACUGCAGCCGUCGGUCAACGCGUUUGACAUCAGCGUUGACCUCAAGUUUUCGGGUCGAAACAAAUCGCGAGUAGCGGUCAAGUCAUGCGCCAAAUGGACGUUAACUCGAUUGCGGAAUACCAGCGGAAUAGCGGUCAUGGAGUUAACACUACCGACCGGUUACUGGCAGAACAAGGCUCUCAUCGAUCGCUACGUCCAGCGCCGCUCUGUUCCCCGACUAAGUCAGGCCAAAGUGAUGCCCCGAUCCGCUACUUUUAUCUUCGAUUACCUCGACAACAAUUGGAGUUGUGUUGAGUUCUCGAUUGAGAGAUGGUUUCCCGUCGCGAACCUCACGCGUUGGCUCAAAGCCCGGGUCUACGAUCUCUAUGAACCAGAAUUUUUCAAAGAGGAAAUAGUAGACGACUUCGCUCUCUAUGCCCUUCAUAUCUGUGAACUAUCAGUGCCCUUACUGUCCAUUCUUUAG